AUGGCAAUUGGACGGAUUCCUUCUCGCCCAACGGACUGGGAAUACUUGGCUAAGUCGCGUCGUUUGGUAUAUACAGAUGAGGAGCUCCUCGCGCGACGCCGUCUGGGCUCAACCAACCUGACCGUCAAGCCAGACCAUGUUGGCACAUCCAAUGCCACCAGGCCUGAGAAUCUCGGCGUCUUCGAGUACGCCCAUCUACGAGCGCCAUUGCCGAAGAACCUGAAGGGCUCGGAGAUUUUCCCCAUGUCCCCGACAAGUCAGCAUCCAGACACCUACUUCUUGAUGCGACGCAGCAAGGACGGUUACGUCAGCGCAACCGGAAUGUUUAAGAUUGCCUUUCCUUGGGCCAAACAAGCUGAAGAGAAAGGUGAGCGCGAGUAUCUCAGGGGCCAUCCCAACACCAGCUCCGAUGAGACAGCGGGCAAUUUGUGGAUCUCCCCUGAAUUAGCCUUGGAACUGGCGGAGGAGUACAAGAUGGCCAAUUGGGUUCGCGCGCUACUGGAUCCAACGGAUAUUCAGCAGAGCUCUUCAAAAUCGCCGGCAAAGUCGGAUGUUUCGAUCACUGCACCCCCAAAGUUUGACAUCUCCAAGAUUGAUAGUUCGACUUUUGCGCCUCCACCGCCAUCAGUUCGCAGCAGGACUCUUCGCUCAGCAUCACCUUCCAAGUCUACAGCCAGGCCAAAGGCCACUCCACGCAAGCGGCCAACACGGGCCCAUAGGGAGGCGGAAACGCCAUCAGCUGCUGCGGCCAGUGAAUCACUGCAAAGCACCCUUGACGCUGUUGCGUCCAUUGCAAAAUCGUCAAUUCUGGGUGGAAAUGAGGAAGAGGCAGUGCAGAGCUCCAGAGCCGAAGUUAACGGAGAGCAAGAAGCCACUGAGUCAGAAGGAGAGCCAAUACCGGUAAAGAAAUCAACAGAUCGUGUCAAGGUAAACGUAGAAUCAGAAACCGUCGUGGAUUCAACAGAAGAUCUAGAGACCACCCGCACGAAUGUUACGGUGGAAAUGCCCAAUGGUCUCCCCGAACUACCCCUUCCACAAGACACCGAUGAAAUGAUUGCACGCGCUAAGGAAAUGGUUGAAGAAGCGGUCAAACUGCAGGAAGCGCAAGAAGAGACCGGAAAUCCAUCCUCAAACCCCGCCCGGAAGCGAAAAGUGGAAGAAGCUGUUGAAGAAGAGGAAGCUGAGGCCCAAACUACGCCAGCGCAACCAGCUAAAAAGGCCCGAUUACUCGAGGCGAGACUGAGACGCGAACGAGUUCGAAAUCGAGCCCUUAUCGGAGUAACUGCAACGCUAGCGAUUGCGUAG